UAUUAUUAGGUAUUUGCAAGGAUUGUGGUCAUUAAUGACGUGAUAUCAGGGGGCGUGGUUAGCGGAACAGAUAAACCCCUGCUCCGGUCAAGUGAAGUGACUGCAAUACUAAGUCUGAACUAUCUUUGUCGGUUCAUACCGCUGGGCAAAACCGUCUCGCGCCACUUCUGGCACACGUCACGCGCGAAUCUCAGGAAUCUCGAGCGCGGGUUGAGAAUGAGGCACGAGCUGCACACAGAGACCGACUGCUCGAGCCCGACGUGUUUACUCCACUGCAGUGAUGAACCGCUCUGAUGUGAACAGGACGGUGGAGUCUGUCUCCAACGUGACGCUGUUGCCGUACUACAUGCACUCAGCCGGAAUGGCACUCAGCUACGUGCUGUUGUACACACUCGCGUGCGUGGUGUGUGUUGCGGGCAACUCGCUGGUGUGUGUGGUGGUCCUGACCAACAGGAACAUGCGCUCUGUCACCAACCUCUUCAUCCUCAACCUCGCAAUCAGCGACCUACUUGUGGGUGUGGUCUGUGUUCCGACCACGCUGAUCGACAGCCUUAUCUCAGGUUGGCCGUUCAGUCAGACGACCUGCACUCUCAGUAAUCUCAUCCAGGGAAUGUCCGUCUCUGCAUCUGUCUUCACACUUGUCACUAUUGCAGUGGACAGAUAUACAGGCAUUGUUUACCCAUUUCGCCACCGUUUGAGACCGGUCACUGCUCUCUUCGCCAUCUUCUUUAUCUGGCUUCUGGCUUUUGCCAUCAUUUUCCCUUCAUCCGCGACGCUGACCGUCAUCCAGCUGGACGACACGUACAUGGUGCAUGAAAACAAGACUUAUCCACUGUUCGUGUGCUUUGAGGACUGGCCUCGCACUGGCAUGAGGCGCAUCUAUACCACCGCCAUCUUUAUCCACGUUUACCUCCUCCCUCUGGUGCUAAUCAGCAUCAUGUACGGCUGCAUCGCCUUUAAGCUCUCGGGAAAACUGCGCCAGAACAGCAGGCGCCUGAAGGUGAUAAAGAUGCUGAUCAUGGUGGCCGUGUUGUUCAUGGUGUUAUGGCUCCCUCUGUGGACGCUCAUGUUGCUGACGGACUAUCAGGAGCUGGAUGUCCAGCAGAUCGACUUCCUGAGCAGCUAUUUGUUUCCUGUGGCACACUGGCUGGCGUUCUUCAACAGCGCCAUCAACCCGAUCGUCUACGGCUUCUUCAACGAGAAUUUCCAGCGAGGUUUUCAGGCUGCUGUCUCCUGUCGACGGUACAAUUCCCAGCCGCUCGCUUUGCAUUGCAGACGUUUCGCGAAUAAAGUCUCGAACAAUGCUGGAGGGCCGUCUGGAGGACAGAACGAAGUGAGAUGUGCUUCAACCGCGCGACUUAAUCCAGUUCCAGCUGUCUUGCUCAAAGACAUAAAGAAGCUGCCUGGGGUUAAGCAUGUAAACAGUGCAUGGAUGGAGUGAAUAAAGGAUGGGUGAAGAGCUUUCCAUUUCCUCUUGGUUCAGUCACUUAUUGCCGUCUUAAGUACCAUUCCAAGUGAAGUGUAUUAGAUGAGGGAUCAAGCUGACAUCAGGGGUGCAGCUUACCCAGAAGGCACAGCAAUCUAAUGCAUUUUCAUUUAAAAAGAAAAGCAAAAAAUGGAAGACAUUUUAUUUAUUUAUUUAUUUAUUUAUUUAUUUAUUUAUUUAUUUAUUUAUUUAUUUAUAGCAAAUUUCAGUUUACAUUGGGGCCGCGUCUUAACUUUAAUCUUUCGGACACAUUGUGUUUGCAGACAUUUCUUCAUGAAUGGAAAAGGAAAUGAUUAAGUAAAAAUAUACGAUUUAAUGUGAUAUCUUACGUUUGCACUGUUUCAAUCACACCCUUUUCGAAGUGCACUAUAUUGGCAAAAGUUUUGGGACGUCUGCCUUUACAUGCACAUGAAUGUAAUAUGGAGUUGUCCAGCCCUUUGCAGCUAUAACAACUCUUCUGGGAAGGCUUUCCACAAGGUUUAUGGGAAUUUUUGACCAUUCCUCUAGAAGUGCAUUUGUGAGGUCAGGCACUGAUGUUGGAUGAGAAGGUCUGGCUCACAGUCUCCGCUCUAAUUCAUCCCAAAGGUGUUCUAUCAGGUUGAGGUCAGGACUCUUGGUGUGCAGUUCCUCCACACCAAAUUCACUCAUCCAUGUCUUUAUGGACCUUGCUUUGUGCACUGGUGUGCAGUCAUGUUGGAACAGGAAGGGGUCAUCCCCAAACUGUUCCCACAAAGUUGGGAGCAUGAAAUUGUCCAAAAUGUCUUGGUAUGAAGCUGAAGCAUUAAGAGUUCCUUUCACUGGAACUAAGAGGCCGAGACAACCCCUGAAAACAACACCUCAAUUCAAUGAUUUGGAGGGGUGUCCCAAAACUUUUGGCAGUACAGUGUACAUCCACUGUUAUAAGGAUAGUACAGAUCGGUCUCCUGAAUUGGAGCAGUUUUUCACUGUGAUCUCUACAAUACCUCAUUUUGUGCUUACGGAUCAUCAGUUAUGUGUAAUUUUCAGACUGUCCACCAUGUCAUCCCUGUCAAUCAGACACUAUUCAAUCAGUCAGUCAAUCUUGUGUGUAUGUGAAAGAGGACAGUUGACUCUUUCUACCUCGAGUGUCUUUAGAUGCAGCACAAGCAGCUGUUUCACUUUGUAGGACACAAUGCAGCAGGUACGAGCCAUCACAUUACAGAGCUGAUGGAUUUCUAGUGUUGAUGGCAGUUAGGUUGGGUAAAAAAAUGUUUUUUCACUUUAUAAAUGUUAUGCUCUGGCACCUUAUUUCCCUGCAUACUGUUCUUGUACUGUGUCUAUCUAUCUAUCUAUCUAUCUAUCUAUCUAUCUAUCUAUCUAUCUAUCUAUCUAUCUAUCUAUCUAUCUAUCUAUCUAUCUAUCUAUCUAUCUAUCUAUCUAUCUAGUGUAUAAAUGUAUAUUUAUGUAUUCCAGUAUACACAGCAGGUUUAUAUAUGUAUUUGUGUGUGUGUGUAUGUUUGUGUUUAAACUGUAAGGGUAAACUGUGCUGUAUCAAGUCUGUUUUUAUACCGUAUUUGGAUUUGUGAACACUUACCUUGUACAUUAUCUAUGCUUUGAAUCAAAGGUUUUUAAUCAUCAUAUAUUUUAGCAUGAGGGUGAUGGGUGGAGCACAGUGGCUUAGUGGUUAGCAUGUAUGCCUCGCACAACAAGGGCUGGGGACUCAAUUCCCACCCCUCCAUGCCCUCCCAUGUGCACCAAGGGGCCUCCUCUGGGGACUCUGGUUUCCUUCCCUAGUCCAAAGACAUGCGGUGUAGGCUAACUUGCAUCUGUAAAUUGUCCCUAGUGUGUGGAAUGUGGAAAUUCAUAUUAUCACUUAGUUUCUAGCAGCUACAAUCAUGCUAUUCACUCAUCAUCCUCAAUUAAUACGACAAAAAUGCUAAGUCAAUAAACAAUCAAUUACAAUUGUAUUAGCAUUCUUUCCUGUGCAGUGUCUACUGUACGAGUCUCUGCAUGUGUGUGUGUGAGUGAAUGAGCUGUUACUAUAGCAACGAAACUGUACUCCAAUGCGCACAUUACCAACGAAAUGGCAGCUUAAUUGUGUUAUCAUUUUCCCAGGACCUCACUAUUGUUAUUUAGUGUCUGAUCUGUCUUUUUUUUCCAUGACUGUAUCUCAUUAAUGAAAAAUGUGCGGUGGUUGUAAGUGUACAAAAAUCAAACAGUGAAAUAAACAUAC